UCGCUCAAGACGAUCCAUCUUCCAGUAUAAAGUAUUCUUAAUCGUCCAAGUCGAUCGAGCGACUAGGAACACGCUAUCUGCCAUCACGGGAAAACUAAACCGAUGCCAAUAUCCUUUACUCGAUGCCUGUUUUAUAUCCCUGUCGGAAAAGGCUGUCUUAGGAGGAUAAGUUUUCCUCCCAAGGUCUGGGAGAGGGUUUAUCUCGAUGGUUGGAGAGCGAGCAAUUCAUUCCCGAUCCGUUGGAGAUCCAAGAAAGUUCGAGGAUCUUUUUUAAACGUCAUGUCUUUGUCAAGUUGCUAUCCGUUGGUGCUCUGUGGGCCCUCGGGCUCGGGUAAAUCCACAUUAAUGAACAAGUUAAUGGGCGAGUUUCCGGAAAAGUUUGGCUUCUCCGUGUCGCAUACCACCCGGAAGCCCAGACCUGGUGAGGUGGAUGGGGUUCACUACCACUUUUCGAAUCGCCCAUUCAUGGAGGCCAUGAUUGACAACGGGGAGUUCUUGGAGUCUGCAGAAUUCUCAGGCAAUCUCUAUGGAACUUCCAAGGCGGCCGUGAGAAAAGUACUGCAAAAUGGCAAGAUUUGCAUUUUGGACAUUGAAAUUCAGGGCGUGCAAUCCGUGAAGAAGAGUGAUUUACACGCUAAAUACGUCUUCAUCAAGCCCCCGUCGAUCGAGAUUUUGGAACAACGACUUCGAGACCGCGGAACUGAACUGGAAGACGCUCUCCAAAAGCGAUUGGACACGGCAGCGAAAGAAAUGGAAUACGGAGAGACUCCCGGUCAUUUCGACAGGAUGAUCGUGAACCACAAAGUGGACGAGGCUUACCUUGACCUCAAGAGCUUUCUCGGUCUCUGAACACUGAACCAUUCAGAUCAAGUAAUGAACGUGU